GAGAGUCGAAGUUUUAGUCCGGUUCAGUUCAGUUGAGUACUCCUUACCACCGAUUAAAAAAACGACCCAGAAGAACAUUCAGCUUAACUACUAUCACUAUCACCAUCACCACCAUCAUCAAACAUCACAAUCUUCAAUUCCAUUACAACUAAAACCAAGUCAACUCAAUCUCAAGAAACAAAACAAAUUGAUUCAUAAAACUCACACUUACACAUAAGCAUUCUUACACAUUCAAUCCGACCGAGCAACAACCAAAGCAAAGAAAACUAAUCAUAUCAUUAACCGAAUACAUUUUCAAAAAGAAAAAGAAGAAGACGUGAAGAUUGACUCCUAUCUACUUACCCUCAACAAAACUAAUCGUUCAUACUCUUAUCAUCAUAAUUCAACUUCAUUGGAACAUCAACUUUUGAUAUAUCAACCCAUCAACUUGGAUUAUAACUCAUUCAACUUUUUUUUUCAAAUCAACUUUCUUUCCUCAUGGGUUUACUCGAGGAUAAGUAUAUUGGACUAGGUCUCGCUAUCUCUUCUUCAAUCGCUAUUGGUACUUCAUUUAUCAUUACAAAAAAGGGAUUGAUGGAUGCUGCUGAUCGGACUGGAUCUUCUACUGAGGGUCAUACUUAUCUUAGGAAUCCGAUUUGGUGGGCUGGAAUGGUCACAAUGGUUGUUGGAGAAGUUGCCAAUUUUGCUGCAUACACCUUUGCUCCUCCUAUCCUCGUCACUCCUCUAGGUGCGCUAUCGGUCCUAAUAGGAGCGAUCUUGGCUUCAUUUUUCUUGAAAGAAGAGUUGGGUAGGAUUGGAAAGAUUGGUUGUGCACUUUGUUUGGUUGGAUCUGUGAUUAUUGUGUUACAUGCACCUGAAGAUAAAGAAAUUGAAACAGUUGAUCAAAUUUUAAGAUACGCUAUGCAACCUGGUUUUAUGAUUUAUUGUCUAUUCGUGCUCUGUUUCAGUCUAUUUAUGAUUUAUAGAAUCUCACCCACAUAUGGACCAAAAGAACCGAUUGUAUAUAUUUCAAUUUGUUCAUUGGUUGGAUCAGUUAGUGUGAUGGCUAUCAAAGGAUUUGGAGUAGCUAUCAAAUUAACAUUUGCAGGUAAUAAUCAAUUAACUCAUUUACCUACUUAUGUGUUUGCUUUGGUGGUGGUGGGUUGUAUUAUUGUUCAAAUGAAUUACUUCAAUAAAGCUCUUGAUCAAUUCUCUACCAACGUUGUGAAUCCGAUUUAUUAUGUAUGCUUUUCAACAGCUACAAUACUUGCUUCAUUGAUUUUAUUUCGUGGAAUGGGAACUCAAGAUGCAAUCAAUACAUUAUCAUUAAUCAUGGGAUUCGUAGUCACCUUCUUAGGAGUCUAUUUAUUAAAUGUAUCAAGAUAUGAUCCAAGUGGUACAUCAUUGAAU